AUGAAAAUAUCGAAAGUAUCGGAUACACAUCAUGCUCUCGAUGAUGAUAGAAGAAUGAAAGUAUCAGAUGCACAUGAAAAACAGAUUGAUCAUGCAAUGAGUAAAUAUAAAAAAUGGCUGGACGAAAGUUUAGAACUCAACCUCAUCAAAAAUAUUAAAUAUGAAGAAAUUGAAAACGAACAAAAGCUUUCAGAAGGCAGUUUUGGAAUUGUAACUACUGCCUAUUGGAAAGAUCUACGUGAAAUGGUUGCUUGCAAAAGACUAAAAUUGGAACAUACCGAUACACAAGAAAAUGAAGAUAAAUUUUGGAAAUCCUUUGUUAAUGAGCUUAAAAUAAAUAAAAAAAUGUAUUAUUGCCAAUAUGUGAUCCGUUUUCUUGCCAUUAGUCAAGUACCUGAGGCUAAACCGUCAAACAUUAACAGACUUCAAUUGGCUUGUCAAGUAGCUAAUGGAAUGCAUAUGCUUCAUAAAGAAGGGAUUCAUUCGAAAAAUAUCUUAGUGCAAAAAGGGGUUGCAAAAUUAACCGAUUUUGGAAUGUCGCGAAUUGUUGCCAAUACCAAUUCUUCGACAAGCAACGGCGUAUUUGGCAUUAUACCUUAUAUUGCGCCAGAAUGUCUUCGAUAUUGUGACUAUCCGCUUGAUACGAGUUCGGAUAUCUAUUCAUUCGGUGUUAUUUUAUGGGAGAUUGCGAAUCCGCAUGGAAAAUAUGCCUUUGAAGGAAGGCAAUUUGAUGGUGCGUUUAUGUUGUCGAUAAUAGAUGGGCUAAGAGAAACACCAAAUUCAGAAACAGAAAGUGAUUACGUGAAGCUUUACCAGGAAUGUUGGGAUCCGAAGCCUGAAAAUCGUCCUUUAAUGUCAUCCGCAUUACAAAGAAUCGAAAGAAUACAAUCAAUGUAG